AUGGCUGAAAAUUCAGAAAUUGUUGUCGUAGGCGCUGGUGUCCUUGGUCUCACGGCUGCAUUGACGCUGCAAGAACAUACAAAGCAACGGGUGUUGAUCAUAGCAUCAGAAUUUCCAGGCGAUGAAUCUAUCAACUACGCUUCACCCUGGGCCGGCGCGCACUAUCGACCCAUGCCGGCUCUGACGCCGGCCGAUAUCCGUGCUCAGAAACUCAUGACUGUGACGAACGCAGUGCUCCGCGACCAGGCUUCUUCGCACCCGGAAGCCGGCAUAAAGUUCAUGAACGCGUACGAGUACCUCGAGGCUCCUCCCGAGAGCUACGUCGGUCUACGAGGAGGCUACGGCGACAUCGAUGGGUUUAGGGUUCUCGACAAGUCAGAACUACCCAGCGGUGUGCAAUGGGGCAGCACAUACCGCACGUGGAGCCUGAAUUCUCCCGUCUACUGCGCGUUCUUGAUGCGGCGAUUCAUCCACCGCGGUGGGAAAACGUUGCGCAUGAGACUGGUCAAUUUACUUGAGGUUCCGCACGUCGCGCCGCGAAGUGCCGUGGUCGUCAACUGUUCUGGAGUCGGGUUUGGAGAUGCCGAGUGCUUCCCAACGAAGGGGCAGACAUGUCUUGUGAAGAACGCCUGUGACAGGACCAUCACGCAGCAGAACAAGGAUGGAAGCUGGACCUUCAUCAUCCCGAGGCCAUUGGAGGGUGGGACGGUGAUUGGAGGGACGAAGAAUCCGGGCGAUUGGUCGUUGGGGGCGAGUGAGGAGGUACGGAGGACGCUGCUGGAGCGUGCUGCCGCCAUGUACCCGCCCAUAACUGCAGAAGGGGGUUUUGAAGUCAUUAGAGAUAUCGUGGGCCGGAGGCCGACGAGAAGAGGAGGACUGAGACUGUGCACGGAAAUGAUGGAGGUCGACCCCGACAAAGGCAAAGAGAAGAGGACUUUGCAACUCGUGCAUGCUUAUGGUGCGGGUGGUUCGGGUUACGAAUUAUCUUGGGGCGUUGCACGGGAGAUAGCCGACUUGGUGGCCAAGGGACAGCGGAGUGCAUUGAAACCAUCGCUUUGA